AUGCCCCUAGUGCCCGGCUUACGGGGCCAGAUGAAUCUCCGGGCGGGGAUCUCUCGCAAAUAUCAAACGACCAAUGCUAGUCUCUCGGACUCCGAUGCUUCUGAAUCGAUUUCUUCAUCAACAGCUACGGAUGUUGUGCAGAAGGCAAGCGCCGAUAACUCUGCACCCGCCAAAGCUAGUAAAUGUGCACGCAGGAAAUGGAGUGAGGAUAUGAAUAUCUUUAUACUGCGCACAUACCUUACUAUCACAUCUAUGGAAACUAAAAAUAUUAGGUCAUACCUUCCCCAACUUCAUGCAAAAUUUAUAGAAAAGUACCCAGAUAUGGAUGUUAGCAGACAGCGAGUAGGUGACCAACGUAGGGCAAUAACUAACGGUAAAUUAUUAACAGCUGAACAGGUUCAAGUAAUACGUGACGAAGUGAAAACCUACUUAGACAAUAACCCUAACAAUGAGCACCCACAAAAUAAUAAUAAAGUAACCGGUAACCAAAGAAUGCACUGGGAUAAUGAUUUAAAUGAAUUCAUCAUAAAAAGUUUCUACAGAAUUACUACAGUCGGGACAAACAAAACUGCUUACAGACGCCCUCUACAUCAAUCUUUUAUCACCAAAUUUCCACAUCUUUCUCACGUAUCUGAGCAACGCAUAGCAGAUCAAUACAGAGCAAUCAUCAAUAAUAAACUGUUAAGUGAAAGCAGACUCCAAGAGUUACAGGAUGAGAUUGCAAUAGAGAUGGCUACCCAGAAUAAAACAGCAAAUAACAACACAGAACCUGACAUAUUCUUGCAAGAUAAUUAUAGAUUUGACUUUACCCAACCCGCCACAGAUAAUUUAGAGACACAUGAAAGCCUAAUUACACCCAGCAAUACACAAAUUUACCCGGAUAGAAUAACACCCCCAGAUUAUAACGCAAAACAAGUACAGGAACAGAAUGAAAACCAACAAAAUGACGAUAAACUUCUUGGGGACAUACGAAAUAAAAUUGAUGAGACAUUUGUAAUGCUUUUAAAUAAAUAUAAGUACGUCGAUCCUACAACUAGACCUAGCAUACCUAAACAAAAGACUUCUAAAAAACUAGCGCGUAUUGUACACUACAUUAACCAAUCACUUCUUCCUGUCCAUAUACCACCCGAUUCAGACUUUCACACAAUCCAAAAUGCUAUAUAUUGUGGAGCUGCUACAGUUUCAAUUUACAAUGGAUACAAAAUAAUGGACCAAGAAAAUAACGCCUCACGUCGGAAGAAACGAAUCCCUAAAUGGCAAAUGAGAUUAGAAGACAGAAUCUCAAAUCUUAGAGUUAAAAUAGGGAGACUAACGGAAUAUAUAAAUGGUAAUACAAGCACUAAGCUUAAACGCGAAAUAGAAAAAAUCAGAGCAGCUUAUAGAAUACAUUCACUGCAUGAACACGAAAACAAGGAACUAGCCCAUUUUCUAGACACCCUCAAACAAAAGCUUAGUUCACUUGCAAACCGACUACGCAGAUAUAAAGAAACUACUCUAAGAAAACAACAAAAUGCCCUAUUUUAUAAUAAUGAAAAAUCAUUCUACAGAAACCUAACAAACACACAUGACAAUAAUGAUAAUAAUAAAUUAGUAGAGAUACCCGAAACAGAACUGCUGCAUCAAUUUUGGUCAAAUAUAUGGUCAACCCCGAAAACACACCGAGAAAGCGACUGGAUUAAACAGGAUAGGGAACUAUUAGUAAAUUUACCAGAGAUGAUGUUCGAUGAAAUAAACAUGGAUUUAUUAACUUCAGUUAUUAACAAAACACAUAGCUGGAAAGCGACUGGAACCGAUAAAAUCCAUAACUAUUGGUAUAAAAAAUUUACUUACUUACAUCCGCUCUUACUCUCACAUAUCAAUACUUUUAUAAAAACACCAGAAUUAUUGCCAAGCUACAUUACACUAGGAACAACUUAUAUGUUACCUAAAGACCGAAGCGACUCAAAAAAUCCAGCCAAAUACAGGCCAAUUACUUGUCUCCAAAACAUUUAUAAGAUUAUUACGUCUUGCCUUAGCCAAUUAAUUUACAAGCACGCUAUCUCCCAAAAUAUAUUAGCAGAACAACAGAAAGGAUGCAGAAAAGGUAGUUUAGGUUGUAAAGAACAGUUGAUUAUUGACGCAUUCGUCUCUAAACAAGCAGUCACCAAAAAAAGAAAUAUUUUCACUAUGUUUAUUGACUAUAAAAAAGCGUUUGACUCAGUACCCCAUAGCUGGCUAAUAUAUAUUUUAGAACACUAUAAAAUUCAUCCUCAAAUUAUAGAAUUCUUAAAAAACGCAAUGCUCGACUGGAGAACUACACUCAAGCUUUACAAUGGUGACUCUUGUUUAGAGACUGAUAUAAUCGCAAUCCGAAGGGGAAUAUUUCAAGGUGAUGCCUUAAGCCCUCUUUGGUUCUGCCUGGCUUUAAAUCCUUUAUCUAACCUUCUCAAUAGAACUGACAAGGGAUAUAAAAUCACCAACGGAAAUACACACCACACACUAUCACAUUUACUUUAUAUGGAUGACAUAAAAUUGUAUGCAAGUAGUUUAAAAGAUAUACAUAUUCUUGCUGAUAUAACGGAAAGCUACUCAACUGAUAUUCAAAUGGAAUUUGGAAUAAAUAAAUGCAGGAUACAAUCAAUUCGUAGAGGCAAAUCAGAACAAAAUUCAUAUACUCUCCAAACAGGUGAAACCAUUGAACCUGUAGAUGAAGUCAUUGGCUAUAAAUAUCUAGGAUUCACUCAGACUCGACAGAUUCACCAAAAACACGUUAAAAAAACAUUAGAAAAAGAAUUUAAAUUACGCCUAAAUAGAAUACUUAACACACAUCUAAAUGCACGGAACAUCAUUAAAGCAGUGAACACAUUCGCUAUCCCAAUUUUAACUUAUUCGUUUGGUAUAAUUCAUUGGUCAAAAAGUAAUUUAAUAAAGCUGCAACGUCUCAUCAAUACAACAAUGACUAAAUACAGACAACACCACCCUAGAUCUUGUAACGAACGACUCACAUUACCUAAACUAGAAGGUGGAAGAGGUUUAAUAGAUAUAAAAAAUCUUCAUAACUCUCAAAUUUCAGCUAUUCGAAACUUCUUCCAUCAACAAGCCAAUAAUAGUGCGCUUCAUAAUGCUGUUGUCCAAGCCGAUUUUAAACUCACUCCUUUAAACCUCAACGAUCAAAGAAAACAAAAGAAUGAAAGUAUUAUAUCUGCACAAGAUAAAAUUAACAGCUGGCUGCAGAAGACGUUACAUGGAAGACACCGUCGCGACUUGAUGAACACAAACGUAGACAAGAUAGCGUCUAACAUGUGGCUCAAGCGCGGAGAACUCUUCCCUGAAACGGAAGGCUUCAUGUUAGCAAUUCAGGACCAAACUAUACAUACUCUAAACUACAGGAAACACAUAAUUAAAGACCACACUCUACAAUCAGACCUUUGCAGACAUUGUCAUAAUAGCUCAGAAACCAUUCAGCAUAUCACUGGUGCCUGCAGCUCAAUAACCCAGACCGACUAUAAACACAGACACGACCAAGUAGCUGCCAUUAUUCAUCAAUACCUCGCAUAUAAAUAUAAUCUUAUAGAUGAAAAAAUAGCAUAUUAUAAAUACAAGCCCGAAAUCAUACUUGACUCUCGUGAAUUCAAACUCUACUGGGACAGAACUAUAUUAACUGAUAAGACCGUGCAUUAUAAUAGACCGGAUAUUACGCUACAUGACAAAAAAAAUGAAUCAGUUUAUCUUAUAGAUAUUGCUAUACCAAAUACGCACAAUUUAACUUCCACCUAUAAUGAAAAAAUAGCCAAAUACACUGAUUUAUCCAUCGAAAUAAAAUCCCAGUGGAAAGUAAAAACUGUAAAAACUGUACCUAUUAUAAUAUCUGCAACUGGCGUCAUUCCCCGUUCACUUUUUUCUAGCUUAAAGGAUCUAGACAUCCAUAAACUUACCUUUAUAUUGCUGCAGAAAGCAGCAAUAUUGAAUACGUGUAGAAUAGUCCGUAAGUUUCUGUCUAAAGAUUAA